GCGCGGUGCGUGACGAGCGGGGCGGGCAGCCAAUCGCGGCCGCGCGGGCAUGGCGGCGCCCGUGCGGUGAGGCGAUGUCGGGGCGCGGAGUGUGGCAGCGGGCGCGGGCGCGGCUGCGGCGCUUCCCGGCGGCGCUGGCGGCCUGCGGGGACCAGGCCGCGGCCUACGGGCGGUGCGUGGCGGCGGCGGCGGCGGGCCCGGCGGAGCUGCGGCGGGACGCGUGCCUGGAGGAGUUCCGGGCGCUGCGCGAGUGCUUCGCCCGCGCGGCAAAGGCGACGCCGAAGUGACCCCGGAGCCCCGCCCGGAGGCGCUCGUGGGGAACGGAGCCCUCUCAAAGCACCGCUUUGGCCUCCAAUGACGGAACCCCCCGAGCCGGAGCUGCCCACCCGCUCCCGGCCCGGAGGAGGCGCAGCCCCGGGCUGGGUGAGGGUCACAGAUCUACUUUAAUUUAUUAAAAAAAGAAUUGAGAUCAGAA